UAAUGAAAGCUCAUUUAAUUUGAGCACUAUUAUCAUAAUUAAUUAUUAUCAAUAUAAUAUCUUCUCCUUUUAAUUUAGUGCAAUAACAACAAGAAAGAGAGAAAAAUAUCAAUAGAAAGAAAAAGAAAAAAGAGGAAAGCAUAAGAAAUAUCCAUAUCAAUUUCAAAUGUUUUUAUUAUAAAGAACUUUUAAAUCUCUUUCAUGUUUAAGCUAAGUGAAGAGAGCUUUUUCAAUUACAAAUUAUUCUAUUAAGCCAGUAAAAUAUGAGCUAAAAAUUAAUGAGUAGCCUGGAAAAAUGCCUAUCUUAGUUCGUAAACCUGAUGAAAUUUUAGUUAAACAAUGGUGGUCUCAAUCUCCUUUCGAAAAAACUUAGCCUUUACGUGUUCCUGUUUUGAAAUUUUUGGCAGAAAAUGGAUAAGCUUACACUGGAAAAACUGUAGAUUUGGAUCACGAUAUAUUCAACGUUCCUUUACGUAGAGAUAUAGUUCAUUCUUAUGUAUUAUGGCGUCAAAAUAGAGAUGAAAUCAAAACACAUAUAACAAAAACCAAAGGAACUGUUUCAGGUUCUGGCAAGAAACCUUAUGCACAAAAAGGUACUGGUAAAGCUCGUAUGGGUAAUAAGCGUGCCCCUGGUAGAAAGAAAGGUGGUAAGGCUCACGGUGCUAAACCCAGAAUUUUAAGAUAUCCUCUUAACAAAAAGAUUAGAUUAUAAGCUUUGAAGGUUGUUUUAAGUGCUAAAUUAGCUGAAGGUAAGCUUCGUAUAAUUGAAACUGAGUAAGUUGAUGAACCAAAAACAAGAGCUAUUGCUAAAAUGUUAGAAAAAAUGGAUAAGCGCUCCAGAAUUUUAAUAGUACAUCCCUACCAAAUUGAUACAAACUUCGAAUUAGCUCAUCAAAAUAUUUAAAAGUUGCAAUCUUGCUAUCCAAAUGAAUUAAGUGUGUUAAAGGUGUUAACAAACGAUAGAGUUUUCAUAACUUUGGAGGCAUUAAGAUAAUUAACUUAGGAAUUAUAAGAUAGAACUUUUAGAAAUUACAGAAUGAAGCAUGUUGAAAGAGGAGUUACUGAAAGUGAAGCUGAAAGAGAAUAGGUAUGGCCUACUCCUAAGUAAUAAGAUACUAAGGUAAUUUACGAUCCUACUAAGCCUCUUCAAUUUAAGUUUAAGAUUUUGCAAGACUACUACGAAUAAUACGAAAAGCUUAAGGAAAAUGGGGAAAUUUAAAAAUACAGAGAAAAUAUUGAAUGAAAAAGUUGAACUAAUUUGUUAAAAUUUAUUACAAUAGGUGCUCAGAUAUUACUUUUUUGUUGAUUUUCUUUCAUAAAAGUAUCGAUCAAUAAAUCAAUCAUGCAAAGCAUUUUAUAAGAUUAAAGAUUAUGCUUGCUCAUACAUAAUUUAUAAAAUAAUAUUUAAACAAAGCAAAAAUAUAUUUAAUUUGAAUAAAAAAUUAGAUAGUAAAAUGUAUAAAAUAAAUAUUGGUAGUUAAUUAGUUUAAUUUUUAAUUCACUCAUUUAUCUA